CAACCACAACCACAACCACAACCAUGGAAUACUGCAUCUCUUUUUCUUGCUUAAUUUUUUUUAUUAUUUUAUAAUAUUAAAAAGAAUUGUUCCUGUGGAAUAUGGACACGUGGCGUGCUUGAGAUCCAUGUCAAGAAGAGGCAUCUAUUGGAGUUAGAGAGUUAGAUAAGUGAAACUACACGUGUCCAGUUAUGCAGUUCUUCAAUUACUAAAAGCUUCUCUCUCUCCACCUUCUCUCUCUCCCCUCAAUCUUGAAGCUAACAAAUUGGAGGAAGGGGGCAUUAUUGCUGAGCUAACUCUUGAGUCAUUUGCAAUUAUUGGCAUGUUUUGGUUGCUUCACUUCGAUUCUUGUUCUUCGUGAGGCUGCACCGGGGUGGGAAAUCAGCUCGUUGGCUCUUGAAUUCUCUGCAUUUUCAAGCUCGUGAUCUGACUAAUUCGAGGAUCUACAAGGUUGUGUAGCCUCGGCGAAAGAAAUUGAUGGACGGGAUGUGUCCAGCAAUUGCGGUUACAGUUAGCUUAGGUAGUGAAAGUCACGAGGAGACCGCACGUCUCAAGCUGGAGACUGGGGCAGUAAUGGUGCUGGAUGAUAGUUCUCAUUCUAGUUCGGAUAAUCUUGCUAACUCUGAAACCAAUGAUGUGUCACUAAUUCCCUGGGCAAGUGAGGCAAAACGUUAUUCGUUACAGGCGAAGCAGAUGGCUGAAAAUGGUCAGUUUGGAAGUGAUGUUCAUGACAGUGAAGAAGACGAGGUUCUCUCCAUCGGGGAAGACCCUAACUUAAGUAGUAUGGAAUUCUUACCCUUAGAUUCUAGCUCAGAUCUAACCGUGCCUUUAGAUACCACACCAGAGUCCAGCUUACCCAUUGCUGUUGAAAUCGAGGGCGUUGAUAACGGUCAGAUAUUUGCAAAAGUCAUUAGUGUGGAGGAAAGAAACACAAAGCGGAGGUUAUCUCACGAUAACCUCACAGUAUCCACUACACAAGACGAGGAAUGCUCGAGUGGGCCUACUAUAAAGGCUUCGGUAGUUUCUCUCAAGUUAUCGGGUGAAAAAGAUCCCACCAAAGGCGGGGUUAAAAGUGUAUAUGAGUUGGAUUGUCUGCCUCUUUGGGGUUCGGUGUCUGUCAUUGGACAUAGGCCGGAAAUGGAAGAUGCGAUUGUUGCCGUUCCUCAUUUCAUGAAAAUUCCCAUCAAGAUGUUCAUCGGUGACUAUAAAAUCGAUGGGAUAAGUCAAACACUGACUCACCUCACUUCACACUUUUUCGGGGUAUACGAUGGCCAUGGUGGAUCUCAGGUCGCAAAUCAUUGCCGUGAGCGUCUCCAUUUAGCUUUAAAAGACGAGAUAAUAAACGUCAAAGAUGAUCUGGUUAACGGGACCACCCAAGCCUCCCAAGAUGCUCGACAGGUGCAAUGGGAGAAGGUGUUCAACAAUUGCUUUUUAACGGUCGAUGAUGAGGUCAGUGGAAAGGUGAGCCGAGUCAUCCCUGUAGACGAUGCAAGUGUGUCUAAUUGCGCCUCUGAACCACUUGCCCCUGAAACUGUUGGAUCCACCGCAGUUGUUGCAGUUGUUUGUUCAUCCCAUAUUAUAGUUGCUAACUGUGGAGAUUCGAGAGCUGUCCUUUACCGUGGUAAAGAAGCAAUUGCACUAUCGGUCGAUCAUAAACCGAAUCGGGAGGAUGAAUAUGCUAGGAUAGAGGCGGCUGGUGGCAAGGUCAUACAAUGGAACGGCCACCGUGUUUUUGGUGUUCUCGCUAUGUCACGGUCUAUUGGCGACAGAUACUUGAAGCCAUGGGUCAUCCCGGAGCCCGAGGUGAUGUUCGUCCCUCGAGCUAGGGAAGACGAGUGCCUCGUCCUCGCAAGCGACGGCUUGUGGGACGUGAUGACGAACGAGGAAGUAUGCGACCUUGCACGGAAACGGAUCUUAUUAUGGCACAAGAAGAACGGAACGAACCCGGCAGCGGACCGGGGCCAGGGAGUCGACCCUGCGGCACAAGCAGCAGCGGAGUACCUCUCGAACGUCGGGAUGCAGCGCGGGAGCAAGGACAAUAUAUCGAUCGUCGUCGUCGACCUGAAAGCCCAAAGGAAGUUCAAGAGCAAAUCUUGAAGGCUUUGGAGGUUAUGAUAGGCUCUUUAUAUACAGCACAAUGUAUCACUUCAUUAUUACAAAACUUGUCCAUUUAUUUUUCAUAUGGGCCUUAGUUUUUUAUGAGUAUAGUGUAUCAGUAUGUAAUGUAACAUAGCUGCAAUAUGAGAGUUAAAUGACCAUUGUAUAAAUUUUAGGCUAUGAUCAAAGUUAUGUGUA